AUGUUAUUAUACUGCAUCGAUCUGCGAUGGCAUGUCAUCUGGCUGCUCAUCCAAGCAUCAGCUUGCAGUUUCGUCCAAUUCUAUGAGAAAUCGUCACGACUCGGAUUCGCCCUAUCCACGCUCCGCGAACACAAUGGUUCUCCGGACGAAUUACUCUUCCAACUGCGUGUACCUUCCGAGGCUGGCUGGGGUGCUGUCGGUACAGGUGACAAAAUGGACGGAUCGCUCAUGUUCAUCCUCUACGCCUCUGACAAUCCAGGAGAUGCAACAAAAAGAGGCCACGAUACCCCAGAACCAUCCAGCAAACUCAGCUACAAUAUCGUCAACGCCUCGAAUGACGGUGUAACCCUGACCGCAGACAUCAAGUGUCUGAACUGUACGAGAUAUUCGAGAAACUCGGUCGAUAUUGCGUCUUCGGCACAGCCGUGGAUCUGGGCUAUAGGCCCUGGUGAUCCUGUGAGAUCUAGCUCUCAGGACGCCGACAUAAAGCAGCAUUCCCACGAUGGUGUCUUCUUCACUGAUAUGACCAAAAGUGUCACAAUGAGUUCCAAUAUACCGUCGAUUUCCGGCACGUCCAAUAUCCACGCCACAGCCCAGCCGGGCUAUAUCAACGACCUCGUCAUUCUGCAUGCUGUUUUGCUGGGAUUGGCUUUCGUGAUAGCCUUCCCAUUGGGCACCCUUACUCUGAGAGCGUUUCGAUCCUUCACAACGCACUGGAUUGUGCAACUCAUCAGUUUAACUGCAUCAAGCGUUGGCUUUGGCGUUGCAAUCGCCCUCAGUAUCCUCGGCAUCGAAUGGCGGCAUUUUUCCGCAGCUCAUCAGAUCAUCGGUAUCGUUGUUAUAGUCCUAGCGCUCGCUCAAGGGCAGCUUGGCUACUGGCAUCAUAUGCAGUACAAGAAGUUAGGGAAGAGAACUUCUGUAUCGUAUAUGCACAUCGCACUUGGAAGGGGAGUUAUUUGGCUCGGCAUGGUCAACCUUGUAUUGGGUUUCUUGCUUGACGGUUCCACGGCAAUGGCAGCCGGUGCAGCUGUUGUCUCGGUUGUUGUAGUGGCAGGGAUGGAAGCCGUUCUAUUCUGGAACCGUCGACGUCUUCUUGCAAAGUCAAUCGCCUCAAGUACGACAGACCUGCCCCUGACUGUCCAUGGGGACCCUGCUGGGAGUUAG